AUGGAUCUAGAUUGGAGAAGUACGUUGUCCAACCAGGAGCGGUCGAAAUAUAUUACUGAGCUGGCUCAAAUCUUGGCUGAUAUCAGUCAGGUGAAUGGGUCCAAUCGGGCGAAUUUUGAUUUGGAGAAGCUGAAGAAGACUGCGGAGCAGUUUGAGACGAGUCUGUAUGCUAGUAGUAGUUCGAAAGAGUUUUAUUUGGAUGCUAUGCGGAAGCGGAUAGCUGCGAUGGAUGCGGCUAAGAAGAAGACGUUGGCUAACCAGAAGCAGAAGGCGGUGCAUGCUGCUGCGGCGUUCAAUGCGGGGCUUCCGGGCAAUAUGAAUCCGACAAUGAAUCCGCAGGUAUUUUUGAACCAGCAAGCACAGGCUCGUCAACAUGCGGCGAGGCCGAUGCGGGCUGGUGGCAUGGAAGGUAGUGCAGCGUCCGCUGCGGCCGCUGCUGCGGGAGCCAACCAGGCUCAGAUGUUACUUUUGCGACAGCAGCAGCAGCCCCAGCAGCAACCGCAGCAGCAACUCCAACAACCGCAGCAGCAGGGCAUUCCAUCGAAUCUUGCAGCGGCUGCGCAGGCCAAGAGGGCACAGCUUUCGAUUCAGCGGCAACAAUUGAUCAAUGAGAUGAAGGUUGCGGAGAUUCCACGUGAGUUGUUACAGCGGAUGCCGAACAUGCCUCCUGGCGUCACGACGUGGCAACAGGUAACUGAAUUGGCUCAGCAAAAACGGUUGACGCAGAACGACUUGCAGAUUGCGAAGCAGGUUUAUCAGAUGCACCAACAGUUGUUGAUCAAGUCCAAGAUGCAGCAAGCCAAUGUCAAUCAGAUGAACGCUCAGCAGCAGCAGCCCCAGCCAGCCCAAGUGCCACACCAUCAGCAGCAGCAGCAGCAGCAUCCAAGUAAUUUUCAGCAGAAGGCUAUGCUAGCUCAGCAGACUGCUGCCGCUGCCGCAGCAGCAGCUCAACAGCAGCAGCAGCAGCAACAGCAGAGGCCUAUGGCAUCUCAACAACCGCAAGAAGUACCCAAUGUUUUGAACAAAUUGAACCAGCUGUUCUCGCCUGCAGAGCAGAAAGCCUUAUAUGAAAAUGGUAAAAAGUUAGUGCAGGAUUUGCAACUAGCUGGGAAGUUACCCGCUUCCUUGAACCAACAGCAGCAGAUAUUGUAUAUCAAGAAGUAUAUCAAUCAGAUGGUGCUCAAGAAGUUGCAGCAAAAUAUGCGGUUGACUCAACAUAUGGGCGUUGCUGGUUCUAAUGGUCAGCAGCAACCGUUGCCUAACCAAGUGACUGGCAGAAUGACGCCUGCAAUGUCCCAACUCAGUCAGUUUCAGCACCAGCAGCUGCCUCAAGCUCAACCACCACCGCCACAGCAACAACACCAGCAGCAGCAGCAGCAGCAGCAACAUCAGAAACCGCCACAGCAGCAGCAACCGCUGCCACAAGCACAACCUCAGCAGCAGCAGCAGCCCCAACCAUCACAGCAUCCACAGCAUCAGCAACAACUUUUGCAGCAGCCCCAAUCACACAAGCUGCAAUCGGUUCAGCAGCACCAACAACAACAAGCUGUUAACCCUAUGGCACAAAGGCAGUAUGUCAAUCCGGGUCUCAACAAGCCUGUUAUGGGUGGUGUCGUUCCGCAACAGGUAGUUCACCAGCAGCAAGCCCAGCAGCAAGCCCAGCAGCAAGCCCAGCAGCAUCAGGCCCAGCAGCAAGCCCAGCAGCAAGCCCAGCAGCAGACUCAGCAGCAGACAAUUCGUCAGUCACCUCCGCAACCACAACAAGUGCCAAAGAUUUCAUUACCAAGACCUACUGAACAAGAUAUGAUGGUUUUAAAGCGAAUCAAUACAGAGGUGGCAAAGUCGCCAUUAAGGUUAUCUAACAUCACCAACCAAUUGACCAUGGAGCAGAAGCAAGCUAUAAAGAACAAGUUACAAGGAAAUCAACAGCUUUUGUCUAAUGUAGACAAUUUUAUUCCAACGCUUUAUUUGAUUACCAGGAAUGAAGAGAACGUUCGUCAGCUCCUACAGAUUAGAAUGCUUGCCAAAGAAAUUAUGGACCAUGCUUCAAAAGGUGUUUUCAUUGUUCCACCGGACGUUGUCGAUAAAGUAAUUUUUAGAUACCAGAAAUAUUAUGAAUUCAUCAAGGAGCAACUUUUAAGAAGACACCAACAGAUGUUAAGUAGCCGGCAGCAGCCACCGCAGCAGCAGCAGCAGCAGACUCAACAGCCUGGCCAGGUGAAAGCGACUCCUGCACCUGUGGGCCUACAACAGACGCCUCCUGUUGCCACGAAUACCGAUAUUGCUAUGCAACAGCAGAGGGUUCAAGGGUCAUUUCAGCAGAUGCAACAACAGAUCCGUCAGCAGCAGGUGAAAAAUCAGCAGCAAGCUCAGCAGCAGGCUCAGCAGCAGCAGGCUCAGCAGCAGGCUCAGCAGCAGGCCCAGCAGCAAGCUCAGCAACAAGCUCAGCAACAGGCCCAGCAGCAACAGGCUCAGCAGCAGGCUCAGCAGCAACAGGCCCAGCAGCAGGCUCAGCAGCAGGCUCAGCAGCAACAGGCCCAGCAGCAGGCUCAGCAGCAGGCCCAGCAGCAGGCUCAACAACAGGCUCAACAGCAACAGGCUCAACAACAGGCUCAACAACAGCAGCUACAUGUACAGCAGCAGGCUCAACAGCAAGCUCAUGCACAAUUGCAGCAGUCAAUGCAACUUGCUAGUGCUCCAAACCGGUUGACUCCGCAAACGGCAAUAGGCGCUGCGCAUAUCCCUGUCUCUGCUCCUGUUAAUGUGCCCUCUAGCAAAGUGACAAACGAUUCUAUGAAAAGUGUUGGCAGUGCCACUCCUGUUCCCGGUAAUUUGACUUCUUCCGCAGCUUCGCCGAUGUUGGGAAGACAAUCUGUGGGUCCAGGUUCCGUGGCGCAAUCUCAAAAGCCGCUGCCAUUGAAGGGAACACCCACUAAUACUUCUCCAUCGGAAAAUCCAUACAGACAAGAUGAGUUGAGAUUGAAGGAUUUGGCAUUAAAGAAAGCAGAAAUAGUCUCCAGGUUCAAACACCGCCAGGAGGUAUUUAGUAAGUCUUCAGUUGACUUGUUUUUGUCCACACUUGCAGAUUGUAUUGGGGUCAAAGACGAAGCAGUAGAGUUGGUAUCAAAGAUAUCCCCAAAUAUGAUAAACCACAUAAAUGGCACGGGAAAAAAGAAGAUUACCAAGGCGCAGCAAAGGAUUAGAGACCAAGAUGCCGUGGACUGCUAUAUCAAAGAUAAUAAAUUGGUGAUGCAGAGCAAGUUUUCACAAGGUGCUCGCUUGUAUGCAAUUCAUGACAAGGAAUUGGGUUAUUGUUUCAAGGACAUAUAUGGCCCUACUGACACAGUUGAUUUGAUCUUAGAUAAUACCGAAUGUACUGAAGAAACUACUAAUAAGAAGAGAUCUCAUGAUUCAUUGGAGAUUAGCCCUGCAGAGUCCGAUUCAUCUUUAUUAAAUGACUCCAAAAAGAUAAAAAUUGAUUCUCCGGAUGAUUUGUUUAUGAACUCUAAUGUAACGCUGGAUAACAAAGAAGUGGCACCUAUUGGUUUGGGUUUGGGUGUUGAUUUAAACGAUACUGGAACAAAUAUUUGGAAUUGGAACUACUGGGAAUCGUUGUAG